CCAAGCCCGCCACCACAAGGCCAUGGCGAAGCCGCGAUCGGGAGGAGCGGAGCAGAGACCGAACCACAUCGACACGAGAUCACGCGCGGCUAGCCUGCUCCGAUCAGCCGUAGCCGGACGGAGCGGUGCGCCAUGGGCGAGCGCAAGAUCGGCGUGGCGAUGGACUUCUCGGCGAGCAGCAAGAAGGCGCUGCGGUGGGCGGCCGACAACCUCCUCCGCAAGGGCGACACCCUCGUCCUCCUCCACAUCGAGCACCACGGCCGUGACGAGGCCAAGCACGUCCUCUGGUCUCACUCCGGAUCCCCUCUCAUCCCGCUCGAGGAGCUGAAGGACACGGCGAUACGGCAGCGCUACGACAUCCCCGACGACGCCGAGGUGCUCGACAUGCUCGACGCGGUGUCCCGGGAGAAGGAGUUGUCCGUUGUGCUCAAGCUGUACUGGGGCGAUCCGAGGGAGAAGGUGUGCGAGGCAGUGGGGGAGCUCAACCUCGAGUCGCUUGUCAUGGGCAGCCGUGGUCUUGGCCAGAUUCAGAGGAUCCUGCUGGGAAGUGUGACGAACUACGUCUUGUCGAAUGCAUCUUGCCCUGUGACCGUCGUCAAGGCAAAAUAGUCAGUGGCCUUCCGACUAGCUAUAAGAAUAUUUAUAUACUAAACGUUUGUUGUCACUUAAGUAUAGUCUGUACUUUUGUUUCGGAAGUUAGUAUUGUGUACUCUUAUUUGUUGUUUGUGGACUAGAAUAAAUCCUACUAGAUGUCUGUUUGCA